AUGGCAGCUGUAGAUGACUGUCAAGAAGUGGCCUGUGCCCCAGAAGUGGAUUGUAAAUUUAAUCUCGAUUUUGCCUACUUUAUGGAGUCAGAACUUAGAGAGGAUGCAUGCUGCCUAAGCGGUGGAGCACUAUUCAAAAGAGCUGGAGUGCCCAUUUGUAUCAUGUUAAAGAACUCAAAACAAAAAGUUCUCUUCUUCAAUAAAAAGGAAGAAACGGCCAUAUUUGAGGAGAUGUCUGAUGGUGAGAUUGAAGACAAUGCACCCUGGACUCAAUUUAUGCUGCAGUAUUAUGGUUGCGAAGGCUCAACACCCUUAGUAGCCAUCUCUGUGAGGGGUGAAAACAAGAGUUAUCUUCUGACCUGCAAAAGUGAUAGAGAAAUUCAAUUUAAGGAUGGUGAUUUUCCAGACAAGAUUGCAGACGGAGACAAGAAUAUCUUGUUCUGGCUAAACAUUGUUGUAGGCAGUGAAAAGAUAGAAUUCAAAUCAUUCUUAUAUCCAGAACAUUACCUGGCAUGUGGGGAAAAAUGGGAAGACUCUGACAAGCUGGUUUUAAAGGAAGAGUAUGACAGUGAGGAAACGUCUACAAUGUUCGUUUAUGUGACUUGUAAGAAAAAAAUAAAACUAUAA